AAGAUGAUUGAGCUUGGGGUCGCAGACGGGAGUCUGAUUGAUGAGCUGAUGGUGCUCACAGCCCAGAACCUAUGCAAACUGGAGAUCAAAGAACACUUCAACAUCAUCAAAGAGAUCGGCCGUGGAAAAUACGGCAAAGUGCUACUGGUCACACACCGCUGCAGGGGAACUCCUAUGGCUCUUAAGGUGAUGCCCAAGGCUUCUACAAAGCUGCAGGGCUUCCUGAGGGAAUACUGCAUCUCCCUGCAACUGUCCCGCCACCCCUGUAUCGUGGGACUAUUCGGAAUAGUCUUCCAGUCCAAGGAGCAUUACGGCUUCGCUCAGGAGCUUGUCGUCGGCAGAGACUUGUUCGCUAUCAUCCAGCCCAGGGUGGGAAUUCCAGAGAGUGCGGUGAAGCGCUGUGCUGUUCAGAUAGCCAGUGCUCUGGAGUUCAUCCACCAGCACGGCCUGGUGCACCGCGAUGUCAAACCCGAGAACAUUCUGCUCUUGGACAGCAACUGUUGCCGGGUCAAGCUGGCUGACUUUGGCCUCACCCAGAAGAGGGGCACACUCAUCAGCUUCAUCUCCGGCACCCUGCCCUACAUGUCUCCAGAGUUGUGUGCUGUGACGCUGAAGGAGGGCCAGAAAGAGGUGAAGGCACCUCCUGUGAGUGUGGAGCCCAGUCUGGACACCUGGGCCUUUGGCGUGCUCCUCUUCUGUGUCCUCACCGGUUUCUUCCCCUGGGAGCAUUGCGCUGAAGAGGACGACUUCUACCAGGAGUUCGCUGACUGGUGCAGGGAACCUACAGAGGCUGAAGUCCCAUCCCAGUGGAAGAGAUUUACCCCAGCCUGUCUGGAGAUGUUCGGCAAGUUAUUAGCACUGGAUGCUAAACAGAGGUGCUCAGUAGGGGAGGUCAAGGCCUACGUAGAUUAUGAAUGGUUGGGGACAGGCUCCACCAAUGGACUGACAGGGUUGAAUGGGAAGGUCAGGGCCACAUCUACCCCCAGUGUGUGCAAAAGCAGCCCUGUCCAAGAAGCGGUGCACUGA